GUGUAGUGUAUUGUUGUUGUUAGCUCAAACUACUAUUCUUGCUGUGCCCAUCAUGAACAUUUGAAGCCUGCCAAAAGCUUGUUUGCAGCAUAUUCCGGCCGUCGUUUUAGUGAGGCUGUCUCAUCUUUUCUCCAGAUCGAAAUGUUCCAAUCUUGUCUUUCUAAUGUGUCUCUUUUCGUACAAAUCUUGCUGUGGGAUAGCUUAGGAGUGUACCAGAGAGGAAGUGGAAAAUCAGUUCAACCCAAUCAGAGGCAGUUCAGUGUGUACUCUUCCCAGUUGUUAGCCAUUGCAUACACAAUACACAGCGUUUCUGGGAUGCAAGGAGAUCUAAUCAGAAAUGGGAACGAAGGGGCACCGAAGGGCCUGGCUUUUGCUUUAUUUGGCCUCCACUGAACUAACUUCGAUGUUGGUGUCGUCAUUAAAAAAUGUUCCCUAGCUGCAUGGCUCUUCAUUAGCCUGUUGUUGCUUUUAAUAUCACUGUUUUAAACUGCUUUCUGCUGCAUUUUGUUGGUAUGGAGGAGGAUUCAGAAAGCCGCCCCCUAUUUUCCUGGUAAGCUGAAACAGUGUGGCUGUAAAAUUGGCUUUUCUCUCCUGAGAAAUAUUUGCGCGUACCAAUACCCAUUCUUUUCCCCCUUUCUUUUUUUGCAUUUUUGUUUUUGUGUUUGUUUGUUUGGGACAGGGAUUCUCUGUGUAACAGUCCUGGCUGUCCUGGAACUCAAUUUGUAGACCAGGUGGAGUACCACUGAUAUUUCAAUCUCCAAGAACACUAUUAAAGGGAGGUGUCUCAUGUGAAAGUUGAUUUUCACCUUUUCCACCUGUGAUGUGGUUCUCAACCUGUGGUUCUCUAUCCCUCUGGGGUCACAUAUCAGAUAUCCUGCCUGCCAGAUACUUACAUUAAUAUUUACAACACUAGCAAUAUUACAGUUAUGAAGUAGCCGCAAAAUAAUUUUUUGGGUGGGGGUCACCACAACAUGAGGAACUGUAAAGGGUCACAGCAUUAUUAGAAAGUUGAGAACCACUGCUUUACCACUACGUCCUCCCUGGGAUGUGUACAGUAUGCUGAGUUCACAAAUAACCCUGGAGGAUCUGGGAUAGCAAUGGUGGGCUAAAAUAGUGGGGAUGAGCUUAAAAGAGACAGCAUCCCUGGUGACUAAGGAAUUGUCACAUCAUUCCCUGUGCUGCCAAUUUCUGAUUAUAUGUAGGUGUGUCUGCAUGCGGGUGUGCACAUAUGAGUGCAGGUACCCUCAGAGGACAGAGGCAUUGGAUCCCUUUGAUCUGGAGCACAGAAGGCUCCGAGCUGCCUGUCCUGGAUUUUGAAGACCAAACUCAGGUCCUCUGCAAAAGCAACAAGUACUCUCAACCACAGAGCAGUCUCUCCAGACUUUAAUUAUAUUUUAAAUAUUUUCCCAAACCCUAUGUGGGUUACAAUUAUUCCUCUUCGUGUGUGUGUGUUUGUGUGUGUGUAGCAAUGCCACUUGUUGUCAAAUGAAGAUACAUAAAAAUCAUUAUAACAAGAGUUUAGGUUUAAUUGGCUUGAGGAAUCCAACUAACAACUUCUAGAGCCAUUAGCAAAAACAAUGAAUUAAUAAGGGUAUCAAUGUCUAUGUGGUACUGAAGUUCAAAUCCCGAGUCUCGUGCAUGUUAAAUGUUCUCUAUCACUGAACUUUCUGCCCUGCUCUUCGUGAAUUUUCACUGCAAUUCAAUUCAAACUAUAAGAACAGAAAAUCUAAACAAAAGAAUACAAAGAUAAUCCAAGCUUACAAUAUAGAAUUUAAACUCUAUCUUUAAAUUUAAAUAGAAUUUAAUAUAAUAAAUUUAAGUCUAUUUUUAAACUCUCAGUACUCAGUUAUUAAAAGAUGAACAAUUCAAUAAAACAAGCAAAGACCAGAAUAGAUAUUUUCCGAAGAACAUAUACCAAUGAUUAGUGUGCACCCGAAAAGCUAUACAACAUCGCUCAUCAAAUAAACAUCACAGCAAGACACUCGGAACUCCUAGGAUGGCAAGGACCAAAAAGAGCCAGAUCAGUGUUGGGAGGCUGUCAUAAUUUUGAAACCCUGACACAUGACUGAAGAAAUGGAAAAUGCUGCAGCCAUUUUUUGAAAACAUCCUGUCAGUUUUUCAAAUGGGCAAACAUAGAGUCAUCAGGGGUUAAGCGAUUCAACUCCUAGAGAAAUAAUGUAUGUAAUAUACCUGAGGUGGGCUGUGGUGGUGCUCACUUUUGGGGAUCCAGAGGCAGGUAGAUCUGAGUUUGAGGCUAGCCUGCUCUACAGGCCUAAUUCCAGGACAUCCAAGGCUACAGAGAGAAACCCUAGCUCAGAAAACCAAAUGUGUGUGUAUACAUAUAUGAAUCUUCAUAGCAACAUUGUUUGUGAAAAUCAAAAGGGUAGAAACAUUCCAAAUGCCCAAAUAAACAUGAGCCUGCUAUAGCCAGGAAAAGUAAUGAAAUACUGACACAUGCUAGAAUUUGGACGAACCUUUAAACCAUCAGGGCAAGGGAGGGAAGCUGACCAGCCUCAGAGGUCCUCAUAUUCCGUCAUUCCAUUCGUGUGGAAGUCCACAAUAGAGAACUCUGUCUAGACCAAAAGAGGAGACUAAUGAUUCCUUUGGGCUCUGCUCAGGAGAAACGAGAAAAUAAGAUGGUCGUUAAGGGAUGUGAGGUACUUCUUUGAUGUAAGAUAUACAGUCCAGAACUGACCUUGGUGAUGGGUGCACCACUUUGUGUAUAUAUUAAAAGGCUCUAAGUUUUAAACCUUAAAUGAAUGCAUUCAAUUAUAUGUUAUAUCCCAAAGCUGUAUAUUAGAAAAAGCAACAUUAUUCUUGCCAAAUAUAAAAAUAAAUCUAGGCCCACAUAAGUCUAUUUAUGAAAUGAUUUUCUGGUAACUGAACAUUGGGAAGACUUACAAUUCUUUCCCUUGGAUAUUGGAGAGAAGGAAUCCAUUUGUUCUUUAAUAAAGCACGUCUACACUCUAUACACUGGCUGGAAUUUUGCAUUGUCUACUCAUUUGUGACUCUAGUGUGUAUGUUGAAAAUGUGUGUACGUGGAACAUUCGCUGUGCUACCUUCGAAACUUUACCCCUCAAUGCAAAUGUUACUUACGCUACCUUAUUUAGUCAUUGACAUCGGCAGCGUUACAUACCCAAUACCAUGAAUGAAAAUUUAUUUUUGUAUUUAGUUUGAUAUAGUACCUCAGUAAUGUAUUUAUACACACAAAAGUAACUUGAAAAAAGUUAGUGAUUCACAUUAUAUAACUUAAUCCACAUGUCUUGGAGAAUUUUGUCUCUUGUUAAAUCUGAACCUGUAAGGCCCAGUGAGACCGCGCGGUGGCGCUGCAGGCUAAGAAGACAGCGCAUAAGAAUUGCUUCUGCAGUCGCCUUCUCAGGGCCAGUUUCUCACCACCUAGAAGCAAAAGAUAAGCUCUUCCGGCAAAGCAAAGGCGCGUGUAAACCUUAAAUAUUCGAUUUGGAGGCUUGAUUCUGACGUUCUGGACUGUGAGACAGUGCUGUUAGGAUCCUGGGCAUAUGUGAAGCUACGGUGGAGCAAACAGGAAAGAGGAAAGAGCCAUGGAGACUGCGUGGAUGCACAAACUGAGACAAAGGCAAGUCCUGGCUUUCUUUGUUUUGCUGAGUGUGUCUGAGGCAGGCAGGGAGCUGGGUCCCUAUUCCAUAGAGGAAGAGAUGGAGAGGGGCUCCUUUGUGGCAAAUCUUGGGAAAGAUCUGGGGGUGGAACUGGCAGAGAUAUCCACCCGCAGGGCUCGGAUCAUUUCCCGGGAAAACAGAGAGCACCUGCAGAUCAAUGUUCAGUCUGGAGAUUUGCUCCUAAGUGAGAAGCUAGAUCGAGAGGAGCUAUGCGGCUCCACUGAGCCUUGUGUUCUGCACUUCCAAGUGUUAAUGGAAAACCCUUUGGAGGUAUUUCAGGCUGAACUGAGGGUGAGGGACAUAAAUGACCACUCUCCAGUGUUCACUGAAAAAGAAAUGAUGCUGAGGAUACCAGAAAACAGUGCUCUGGGAACCACAUUCCCUUUAAAUAAUGCUCUGGACUCAGACGUAGAAAUUAACAAUGUUCAGAGCUAUCAAGUCAGCUCGAACUCUCAUUUCCUGGUUGUCACCCGCAACCGCAGUGAUGGCAGGAAGUACCCAGAGCUGGUGCUGGAGAAAGAACUGGAUCGGGAGGAGGAGCCUGAGCUGAGGUUUACCCUGAUAGCCUUGGAUGGUGGCUCUCCUCCCCGGUCUGGGAUGGCGCGGGUUCUCAUUGAAGUAGUGGACACCAACGAUAAUGCACCCGAGUUUCAGCAGUCAACUUACCAAGUGCAAAUUCCGGAGAACCGCCCCCCGGGGUCCCUGGUCGUCACAGUCUCAGCCAAUGACUUAGACAGUGGAGAUAAUGCGAAAGUAUUGUACGCACUCUCUCAGCCUUCAGAAGAUAUCAGCAAGACAUUAGAAGUAAAUCCAGUAACGGGGGAAGUUCGGCUACGAAAAAAGGUAGAUUUUGAAACAAUUCCCUCUUAUGAAGUGGAUAUCAAGGCCACGGAUGGGGGAGGUCUCUCGGGGAAAUGCACGCUGCUCCUGCAGGUGGUGGAUGUGAACGACAACCCCCCAGAAGUGAUGCUAUCUGCACUUACCAGCCCAGUUCAAGAAAACUCCCCGGAUGAGGUAGUUGCUGUUUUCAGUGUUGGAGAUGCUGACUCAGGGAACAAUGGGAAGGUGAUUUCCGCCAUCCAAGAGGACCUUCCCUUUCUUCUAAAACCUUCAGGAAAGAACUUUUACACUUUAAUAACGAAGAGAGCAUUAGACAGGGAAGAAAAAGAGCAGUACAACAUCACCAUCACAGUCAGCGACCUGGGCACACCCCGGCUCACAACCCAGCACACCAUAACAGUGCAGGUGUCUGACGUCAACGACAACGCCCCCGCCUUCACACAAAGCUCCUACACCCUGUUUGUCCAGGAGAACAACAGUCCUGCCCUGCACAUAGGCACCAUCAGCGCCACAGACUCAGACUCAGGCUCCAAUGCCCACAUCACCUACUCGCUGCUGCCCACCACAGACCCGCAGCUGGACCUCUCCUCGCUCAUCUCCAUCAAUGCCGACAACGGACAGCUGUUCGCCCUCAGGGCGCUGGACUAUGAGGCCCUGCAGAGCUUCGAGUUUCGCGUGGGCGCCACAGACCAAGGCUCGCCCGCGCUCAGCAGCCAGGCGCUAGUGCGCGUGCUGGUGCUGGACGCCAACGACAAUGCGCCCUUCGUGCUCUACCCGCUGCAGAACGCCUCUGCGCCCUUCACAGAGCUGCUGCCCAGGGCUGCAGAGCCUGGCUACCUGGUCACCAAGGUGGUGGCAGUGGACCGCGACUCUGGCCAGAAUGCCUGGCUGUCGUUCCAGCUGCUGAAGGCCACGGAGCCAGGGUUGUUCAGCGUGUGGGCUCACAAUGGCGAGGUGCGCACCUCCAGGCUGCUGAGUGAGCGCGAUGCGCCCAAGCACAGGCUGCUGCUGCUGGUCAAGGACAAUGGCGAUCCUCCGCGGUCUGCCAGUGUCACUCUGCAUGUGCUGAUGGUGGAUGGCUUCUCUCAGCCCUACCUGCCUCUGCCAGAGGUGGCGCGCGACCCCGCCCAAGAUGAGGAUGAGCUCACGCUGUACCUGGUCAUAGCCUUGGCAUCUGUGUCUUCGCUCUUACUCUUGUCUGUGCUGCUGUUUGUGGGAGUGAGGCUGUGCAGGAGGGCCAGAGCAUCCUCUCUGGGUGGCUGCUCUGUGCCUGAUGGCCAUUUUCCUGGUCACCUGGUGGAUGUCAGCGGAACAGGGACUCUGUCCCAGAGCUACCAGUAUGAGGUAUGUCUGAUGGGCGAUUCUUCUGGGACCAGCGAUUUUAAAUUCUUACAGCCAGUUCUUCCUAGCUCCUUGGCCCAGUCCUCUGGAAAAGAAAUGGUGGAAAAUUCUACCCUCCAGAAUAGUUUUGGAUUUAAUCAUUAUUAGAAAACUAUUUAAUAGAUAUUUACUUCCUAAUAUUGUCUUGUUCGUUAGCUAUAUUUGUAUACCUGUUACUAACAAUUUUAAUUUUCACUUUACUCAUCGGUUUUCAGGUUUAUGCUUAAUGCCAUGGUUUUACUCUUAUUUAUGGCACAGAAUUUCUUCAUGGGAUCCCAGUAAAUGAGAAGGCUUUAUCUGCACAGUUAAACUGAUUGUUAAAAUUGUUUCUACCACUUUGCUGUUGAUGGCUUCAUUAGUUCUGCACAUUUCACGUCAGUGUUCUGUUCCUAGACUUCUGGGAUUAUUAAAAUAUGAUGCUGCUUGUUAUGUUCAUAUAUACUGGGUAUUUCUGCAUUUCCUUUCUACACUGGAAGUCUUGUUUUUUAGUCUUUGUUGUUCAUUAUAUAUAAUAGCUGUUUUAUACUGUGCUAGUAUAUUAAAGUUUUAUUUUUCUUUGUUUAUAUGUCUUGAUUAAGAUCUAUUUCUGUCAAAGUAAUAGAAGCAUGUAGUCAAUUUGAAAACAAAAGUAUCAUAAGAUAGUGAGUUUGUGUUGAUUGCCUUUAUUUGUGGGCAUGAAGGCAAAUGUUGGCAUUAUAAAGCGUCAAAUAAGAGCAUUUAAUAAUUUGUUUUAAUUCUGCAUGGAAACCUUAGAGAUAGACAUUGAGUUUUCAGUGGCUUACAAUCCAGUUGCAUUCUUUUGAAUAAACAGUGUAUUAUAUCACCAAG